GCGUCCACCACCACUAGAGCGUUGGAACGAAGCGCGAACAGUUAGGAGAAAGAGAGAGAGACUGAACCUUGAAAAUGGAAGCGGAGAGGAGAUCUAAGCGGCGUUCAGUGGCGUUGAUCUAAGAUGGCGUAGCGCUUCGUACUAUGCAAUUUGCAUACAGCGAUUAGUUGGCGAUUAAUUGAUCAGUAUACGGCUGGUCUCGUACAGGCACUGGAAACAAGUGUACUUUGACGACGAUAACGGGAGGAAUAACAGGAACGAGCAUUCGAGCAUUCCAGUUCCACGACACUUCGUGUGCAAAAUAUAAACAAUUCCGGAGCGUUCUGGUCACGCGGGCAAGACGACCGGGUUUUUUCCCGUGCGUGCAUCCAUAAUCAUUCGUUUAUCACUUCUUCAUUUGGAUUAUUUUUUUGGCCAGCGCGUAUGUGCACGUUGUAUUUAUAGCGACGACGAGUGUGUCUCGAAAAUAGGUAACUGUGUAUGCCACGUCAUAGUUGACCUUUGUUUACAUAUGCGCAUAUAUAAAUAUGACAUCCUGCGACUGGCAGAUUAAUAAACAGAAACUGUCGGAGCGUGGUCAGUAUUUGUUGGAAUCGGGACUAUGGUCCGAUUGCAAUUUCAUUGUUGGGCAAGAGCCUCAGCAGCAAACUCUCAAGGGCCACAAGUUGUUCCUAGCAAUGUCCAGUCCGGUGUUUGAGGCUAUGUUUUUUGGUGGCAUGGCGGAAAAGAAUGAUCCAAUACCAAUUAAGGAUGUGCAGCCGGAAGCAUUUAAGACCUUAUUGGAAUACAUAUAUACUGAUAAAGUUGAAUUGGGCUCCUUUGAAUUGGCUUGUGAGUUGUGUUAUUGUGCCAAAAAGUACAUGCUGCCAUCUUUAGUAGAAGAGUGCACAAAGUAUCUGUGGUCUGAUCUUUCGCCAAAAAAAGCAUGCAGGGCGUAUGAGUUUGCCAAGCUUUUUGAAGAACCUGUAUUAUUGGACAAGUGUCUGCAAAUCAUACGUACAAAGACAAAUGAAGUUUUAAAGGAAUCUACUUGGGAGGAAGUGGAGCUGGGAACACUUCUCAAAGUCUUAGAUCAGGAUGAUUUGCAGAUUAAAUCAGAGGUGGAAUUAUUUAUUGCAGUUGAACGAUGGGCCAAGGCGGAGUCCCGGAGGAAAUCUCUCGAUCCCACAGAUGGGAAAUCAUUAAGAUCUGUUAUUGGAAAUGCACUUUUAAAGAUAAGAUUUUUGAGUUUGACUCCUGAAGAAUUUGCAGAAGGUGUCGGUGUGUCCCCUCUGCUUACACAAGACGAAGCUUUCGCUAUAUUAAUGAAUAUAUCAUGCAGGAACAAAAUACCUAUGCCGGAAGGGAACAAAGUACCUAUGCCGGAAGGUUUUUCCACUGACAGGGAUAAUAGAAUGAAGCCACUAAAGAUUCAAACUACAAAUUUUCCCCCAUAUGUUAAAAGUUCGAGACUAUUAAAUUUAGGAGAUGCAUCAUACCAUAUGAAUUAUCAUUCUGACUCUCUAAAUACUGCAAUGGACUGUACCACGUCUUCGUUUAAGACUUUAAGUGGAAGCAUCAAUAAGGACAUUGGAAUUUUACCUAGUUCCUCUUCUUCAGAAGUAGUUGUACGUGAGGGACCAAAAUAUUAUUGCCUCAGAUCAGUAGUUCAAGAAACAGACUGCUUGAACACAAAUGUGCUAGAUUGCUCCGUUCAGUUCAAAGCGGAUAGAAAUAUUUGUGUGGUGGGUGUACAGGUUCCCACGCAAGUUCCUGCGGCGAGUAAUUUCGCUCAAGCUCUAAUGAAUGCUGAUACGUCUUACACGGAAAUCGUAUAUGCCCAUCUCCUUGAUUGUGACGGCACACGUUUAACGUACACACAUUUCACCACUAAAGCAAACUACGGUACUCUCGUGGAAAUUACUUUCAAUCGGCCGGUUUACAUUCAGAAACAUAAGGCUUAUCGAGUUGGUGUGGUAUUUAACAAGGCCGGAUGGUAUCCCCUAGGAGUUUGCGCUCAAAAUGCAUCCUGUGAUUCUGUGUAUUUCUCGUUCGGAGUUGGUGAUAGUGCAGUGACGGUUCGUGACGGUCUUAUUCGAUCUAUAGUUUUUACGUACCAUUAACGUUAACAAUGGUAUUGGAUGACAAAAAAUAAGUACGUAUUUUAGAUUUGUGAUAAAACAAGAACUACUCUUGCAUAUAUAAAUUGUGUUGUUGUACAAUAUUAUUUUUUAAAACGUGUCUGUUACUGUAAAUCCGAAAAGCUUGAAAAAAUUGUACAUAUGCUCAUCUAUUCUAAUUCUAAUCACAUUUUGCUCUGUACAAAUCACUUCUUUAACUUAUACUGUUUAAAUCUUAUCUUUAUUAAAUCUUAUAUAUACA